AUGGAACUUCCCGCGCAGGAUGUGGGAGGGCGGUUAUCGCGAUCGCCUGUCUCGUUGCCUGAACAAACGACAAACGCUUUCGAGGCUGGUCGCGUAGGCCCCAAAAAAACAAUCAAAGAAAUCCCUCGACGAAUAUUCGGCCUAUCGAAAUCAGAAGCUACAAAUGCGCGAAGCGAAUUAGAUGAGCUGAAUGCCGAAGCCAUAUCCAUGCCCAGCGUGCCUCUUGCGCAGAGAUGGAACCAACCCAGCGGUAAUAUCCCCAGGCUGGGUUUCGCAUUUAUGUCUUUUAUGAUCGCCGGAAUGAACGACGCCGUGGUGGGGGCCCUGAUACCGUACUUGGAAGAAUAUUACGAUCUCAAUUAUACUCUCGUAUCUUUGAUGUUUCUGACUCCGUUUGUCGGCUACUCGACCGCUGCCUUCGCCAAUGCUACGAUUCACUCCAAGUUUGGUCAAAAAGGCAUCGCUUUUGCGGCGCCGAUCUGCCACAUUAUCACGUAUAUUGUGAUUUGUCUACACCCGCCAUUCCCUGUGGUAGUUGCCAUUAAUAUCAUCUCCGGAUUUGGCAACGGCUUGACUGAUGCUUGCUUCUCUGCUUGGGUUGGCGGGAUGCAAAACCCCAAUUCUGUGCAAGGAUUACUACAUUCAUGCUAUUCAAUCGGUGCUCUCUUUGCUCCCUUGAUUGCUACGAGCAUGAUCGUCAAGUCCAAUCUCCACUGGUAUACCUUUUAUUACGUGAUGAUUGCUGCCUCCGUUUUGGAAUGGGUGGGACUAGUCACGAGUUUCUGGCACAAAACUGGAAAGGUAUAUCGUGCUGAACACCCACGGGACUCCGACGCUUCUGGAAGCCGCACUAGAGAAGCUUUGAAGUCGAGAAUAACAUGGACUUGCAUGUUUUACCUCCUUCUUUACAUGGGAAUCGAAGUGGGCCUUGGUGGCUGGGUUGUCACGUUUAUGCUUCGUGUUCGCAAAGCUUCACCUUACGAUGCUGGUAUCUCUGGCACGGGCUUUUGGGCCGGAAUGGCAGCGGGUCGCGCAUCACUUGGAUUUGUCACAGAGCGAUAUGGCGAACGUUUGUGUGUUUCAAUAUAUCUUGCCAUCUGCAUCGCAUUGCAAAUGAUCUUCUGGUUGGUACCUCAAUUUAUAGUAAGCGCAGUCGCUGUUGCAUUCCUCGGCUUCUUUCUAGGACCGAUGUUUCCUGGCGGCGUCAUGAUGGCUGCGAAAUUAUUGCCCAAGCACAUUCAUGUGAGUGCUCUCGGUUUUGCAAUGGCCCUGGGUGGCACUGGAGGGACAGUUUUCCCUUUUGCCAUUGGUGCCAUCGCAGCAAAGAAGGGCGUGAGCGUUUUACAGCCGAUAAUAUUGGCAUUAAUUGCUGUGGUGGGAAUGAUCUGGUUGAGCUUUCCACGUAUACGGAAGCGAGAGUGA